UUCAGUGUUUCCUAGCAUGUUUUGCACAAAAUAUUAGAUUUGAAAAAAGCGUAAAUUGCACGAGCUUUAAGGGGCAAUUGUGGAGGAAAGUGGUGGGCAGAUUGUGUGCAGAUAUACGCCAAACCCCUCCAGAUAUGAAGGCGUUAAUGUGUUCGUGCGCUCGUGAGGGUUUGCAUUGGGGGAGGGGACCCCUGCACAUCACUGAGUGUGUGUGGAUGGCGUGGGCUUCUCUCCUCCUAACCGCACAGCAUCAUCACUCGGUUUACAGCGAAGACUCGUAGGCAUUAUCCUACUCCUCCUCAUCCUCAUCACCACCAUCUCCGGGCUGAAGAGGGAUCACAUCGCAGGGAUAAAGACCUAAGAAGAGCCUGUUGUCAGUCAAGUGACUGAUAGCUCUUUAAGUCUGUGAGGUGUAUCCUGAACACACUGAAGCUUCAGGUGGCUUCUCCUCUAAAUCUUUGACCACUUUUGCAUCUUCUGAACCUCUUUAAAAUGGAGGACGGCUACCAAAACCGGACUGCCUUCAUAAAAGGCGCCAAAGACAUUGCCAAAGAAGUCAAGCGGCAAGCAUCUAAGAAGGUCGGCCGUUCAGUGGAUCGCGUGAGUGAUCAGUACAGCAAGCGCUCCUACAACCGGUUUGAAGAGGAUGAUGAUGAUGACUACCCCACUCAGGGAAGCCAGGAUGGAGGCUAUUACCGUGGAGACAGCCAGGCGGCCAAUGACGAUGAGGGCGGACACAGUGACUCCACAGAGGGUCAUGAUGAGGAUGAUGAGAUCUACGAGGGUGAGUACCAAGGAAUUCCCCGGGCUGAAUCAGGCAAGGGCAGCCUGGCUGGAGGUCCGGGCUCAGUGACGGCCGGCGCUCAGCAGUUCAGAGAUAUCGGAGUGUCCGAGGCCGAGAGGAGGAAAGACCAGGAAGAGCUGGCUCAACAGUACGAGACCAUUUUACAAGAAUGUGGUCACGGGAAGUUCCAGUGGAGCCUGUACUUUGUGCUGGGGCUGGCUCUCAUGGCAGACGGUGUGGAGAUCUUCGUGGUCGGGUUUGUCCUGCCCAGCGCUGAGAAGGAUAUGUGCCUGUCUGAACCUAACAAAAGCAUGCUAGGUCUGAUUGUAUAUUUUGGGAUGAUGGUUGGGGCUUUCCUCUGGGGGGCUCUGGCUGACCGGAUAGGCCGUCGGCAGUCUCUUCUCAUCUCUCUCUCCAUCAAUAGUGUCUUCUCCUUCUUCUCCUCCUUCGUCCAGGGCUACAGCACCUUUCUGUUUUGCCGACUUCUCUCAGGUGUUGGGAUUGGUGGCUCGAUUCCCAUCGUGUUUUCCUAUUAUUCUGAAUUUCUGUCCCAAGAGAAGCGCGGUGAGCACCUCAGUUGGCUCUGCAUGUUCUGGAUGAUUGGGGGAAUAUACGCAUCUGCCAUGGCCUGGGCUAUAAUCCCACAUUAUGGAUGGAGUUUCCAGAUGGGCUCGGCGUAUCAGUUCCAUAGCUGGCGUGUGUUUGUGUUAGUGUGCGCAUUUCCUUCUGUGGCAGCCAUCGCUUCCCUCAGUGCCAUGCCAGAGAGCCCACGCUUCUACUUAGAGAAUGGCAAACAUGACGAAGGCUGGAUGAUUCUGAAGCAAGUUCACGACACUAACAUGCGAGCAAAGGGACACCCAGAGAAGGUGUUUUCUGUCACCACGAUUAAGACGGUGAAACAGAUGGAUGAGUUGGUGGACACUGGCACCGAUACUCCAGUCCUGAAACGCUACAGGCUAAAGAUUAUGAGCCUCUCCCAACAGAUUCGGAAUAACAUUGUUGCCUGCUUCAGCCCAGAAUAUAAACGGACGACUUUCAUGCUCAUGGCUGUUUGGUUUACCAUGUCUUUCAGCUAUUACGGUCUGACAGUGUGGUUCCCAGACAUGAUCAAGUACAUCCAGAAGCAGGAAUAUGAAUCACGAACAAAGACCUUCAGUAAGGAACGUGUGGAGCAUAUCACUUUUAACUUCACCCUGGAAAACCAAGUUCAUCUUGAAGGACACUAUUUUAAUGACAAGUUCCUCAACUUGAAGAUGAAGUCCAUGGUGUUUGAAGACUCAGUGUUUGAGGAGUGCUACUUUGAGGACAUCACCUCCACACACACCAUAUUCAGAAACUGCACCUUUAUUGCAAGUUUGUUCUAUAACACAGAUUUGUUCAAAUACCGGAUGGUCAAUUGUAAAUUGGUCAACAGCACGUUCCUCCACAACAAGGAGGGCUGCAUGCUCGACUUCAGCGAUGACUUCAACAAUGCCUACAUGAUAUACUUUGUCAACUUCCUUGGCACGUUGGCGGUGUUGCCUGGCAACAUCGUGUCAGCUCUAUUAAUGGACAAAAUUGGGCGUUUAAGGAUGCUGGCGGGAUCCAGUGUCAUAUCUUGUGUCAGCUGUUUCUUCCUGAUGUUCGGCAACAGUGAGUCGGGGAUGAUCGCCCUCUUGUGCCUGUUUGGUGGCAUCAGCAUUGCCUCGUGGAACGCCCUGGAUGUGAUAACAGUGGAGCUCUACCCCUCUGAUAAAAGGACCACAGCGUUUGGCUUCCUGAAUGCCCUCUGUAAGCUGGCAGCCGUCCUGGGCAUCAGCAUCUUCCAGUCAUUCGUCGGAAUCACCAAGGCUGUACCCAUCUUAUUUGCCGCUGGCGCACUCGCUGCAGGUAGUUUCCUUGCAACCAAGUUGCCUGAAACACGAGGCCUAGUGUUGCAGUAAAACAAAAUGACCAGCAGUGGGCAGCAGAGCACAACCAGAGUGUGUGUUCGACAACUAAUGAGCCCGAACAUCCCUGAGAGCUUCAGCGCUGCCCGUCACACACACCAACAGAGCUGACUGCCAUCCCCAUUGUAAGCCCAGAAUCCUUUGAAAUAUGGAUUGCAUCAUUCAAAGUCUAUACAGAGCCACAGCGAUUAAGAGAAGAGCACACAGAUGUAGAAUUAAAUAUCUGUGUCAUGAUAACACAACUACACACUCCACUCCACAGGGUGAUGCAGUACAAAUUUUGGUGUGCAGUAAGGAUAACAUGAUCAUUCCUGGGAGUUUUCUCUCACUGGCCCAUAGAUAAUAUCAAACACAUUUGAGAAGACAGAGAUGUCAAAUGAAGAGACGAGACAGAAAAAAAGCCAUUUAUAGGGGAACAUGAAAAGAUUUAGUCCAUAUAUGUUGUCAGUUUUUGAAUAUGACUGCAGUAUUUUUCUUUCUCUUCUGUCCGCGGCCUCAGUGACUGGCUUUCAGUGCUGCUUUUUCAUUUGCUGCUUGUACAGUUCACUUCACAUCCAUCCAUCCAGGCUGAUGCUUGUGCUUUGAUGAUGUUGUUCUUUGAAAAGAUCUCACAAUUUCAUGGUAAAUAUAUUUUCUCAAAAAAAAUGCACAUAACCUUCGACCACUGCCGAGCCAGACCGGUUUCUACCAAAAAAUAUGAAAACAUUCCAGUGACGCUUGAUUUAUUCAGAAACAAAGAAAGUAAUUUUCCUUGUCCCUUCAUAAAUUCAGUCUACUCCUCUAUUGACAGCCUCAAAACACAGACAGGUGAAGAUGCAUUUCACAGGAUUCUCUGUUGUAAAUGGGAUCCAGCUCCUCAGUGUUUAGUGUUAAACUAAUGUUUUUCCCUCCCUGUUGUUGAACCAUACAGCUGUGGCGGUGUCAUGUUUGCAACACAGGGACGUCUGAGGGACGGAUUUUGUGCUAAAUCCAGAGCAGAUACUAUAGUGUAAUAUUUGCCUAAAUUAGUUGUGUGCGUGUGCAUGUGUGUGUCUUUGUUACGUGAGACAAGAGAAAGCGUCCAUUUAAUGCAAUUCAGUGCAGACAUAACUUACAGAUCCAACAGUAGAAUGUACGGAACAUCGGUCCCCAAUUAAUUUAUAUCAAAUAGAACUCAUGCAGUAGCUCAGGUGUGGUGAAAUGUUUAGGCCACGAGUAGAGCUGGUAUUAUCUUUAAGCGCCACUCCAACAAAUUAUUCUACAUGCAGGAUAGUUUUCUGAUAUUUCUGAUUUAAAAAUAAAUAAUUUCCAGCUCCAUCUGAUAUGCAUAGCUGUGUUAAUUAGCCUUAAUGUGAACACAAGUCAUUUGAUUGAGUGUGAAGUUUGACAAAAAGCUUUCUGCAGAGCUUUCAACAGCAUCUGUUUCUUAGCAGAUUGCUUUGUGUUUAUAGAGAAUGAAAGCUCUGCAAAAAAAGCUACUAAAUUGACCUCAACAUAAUUUUUUUUUAUCAUUUGGUUGUUUUGUAUUUUCCUGUUUGGCCUCAAACAAACAAUGCAGUAUUCUUUCUUAAAAUUGUGUUAAUGUCCCUUGAAAGUCAUGACGUGACUUCAUUAUUCUCAUAAGCACAAAUCAAAUGGGACCAACAGAAGAAGAAUCAGUGAAAAAAAAAAAAAAGAGUCCUAUUGAUCAGGUAGUGCAGCACAAAGGGAAAACAGAGAUUACAAAUCCCUUCUCUAAUUUCAUUUUAAGGGCUUGUGUUCCUGUUAUUCUUUUACUACAUUCUUUCGUGUUCCUGUAUGAGAUAAGUACACAAGAAAAAUGCCUUCGUAAUAUUGUGACUUUUGUCCAAAUUGGACACAGUCGCUCUAAAGGAAAGCUAACUGAGUACCAUUAUUUAUACAUAUCACUACUUAGGUAUAAUUUCUCCAAAGGUAUACAUCAAUACAUGUGCUGACAAUCAGCGGGUGAGUAUGUGGGUGCUGCUGUUAGUAGAGUAUGUUGUUAGACCUAAAGACGUCUUCUGGAUUGUAGUGUGUGUGUGUGUGUGUGUGUGAGUGAGAGAGAGAGACUUUAAAAGAAUAAUUCACCAUUUUGAUAAGUGCGCUUAUUUAUUUUAUUGCAGAGAGUCAGAUGACAAGAUUGAUACCACCAUGUCUGUGUGUUAAGUAUGGAGUUGAAGCCAGGAGGUGAAUAUCUUAGCCUAACUAAUCAUAAAUACUGUAAAUGGGGGAAAAGCUAGCCUGGCUCCAUUCAAAUGCAACAAAGUCUGAAGAAAUAGUCUGGCACAUAACCCCCCAUAAAGCCACAACUUAUUUUUACAUUUUAGUUUUUGUAUGGAUUAAAUAAAAGGGAUAUAUUAUGUUAAUUAGUGAGCUUUAGAGGUGUAAGUAAGUGGAUUUUGUUACCUUUGGAUUCAGCCAUGCUAGCUGUUUCCUUCGGUUUCCAGUAUUUAUGCUAAGCUAAGAUUUAUAUUUAGUGUACAGUCAUUAAAGCAGUAUCAAUUUAACUCUUAUUAAGAAAAAGAGCAUUUACCAAAAUGUAAAACUAUUCCUUUAAUGCUGUCCAAUCUGGCUUGCAUUCUAAGGGAUCAAAUCUCUCUUUACCGGUCUUGUGCGUAUUAAACAAAACAUGAACGUCUUGUUCAUGUUGGAGAGACUGUUUGGAUGUGUCAUUAAUCUACCUGUGUGUGUGUGUGUGUGUAAGCGGAGUCUUUCACAUAUUUUUCUACUUUUUUCUGUUGCGGUGUUUUCAUCCCUGCGAUGAAUCUACAGCUCAGUUGGGGACCACGGAAAUAUAUUUACAUACACUAAGAGAAGAAAAAACAACAAAUAUAUGCAGUGUAGAAUUUAAUCUGCUGUUUAUUCAUAAUAGACUCGGGUGCUCUUUUGCUGAUACAAUUAAGUCUUUAAGACAAAAUCCCAUCAAAGAUAGCCAGUCUCAGAGAUAACGUGAUAUAUUCUGUAUUAAAA